GAAUCAUGGCGAGCCUUUGCACCGGAUCUACUCUUUCGGCCGAUUGAGAUAUUGAAAGUUCGGAUUUUUUCCGGGAAAGUUAGGGUGAACGAGAAAGAGAGAGAGAGGGAGGGAGGGAGAAGAAAGGGGGAGAAAAUGAAUAUAUUCAGGUUAGCUGGGGACAUGACCCAUUUGGCAAGUGUUCUUGUAUUGCUCCUCAAGAUUCACACUAUCAAAUCUUGCGCUGGCAUAUCUCUGAAGACUCAGGAACUCUAUUCUGUUGUUUUUGCAACUCGCUACCUUGAUCUUUUCACAGACUACAUCUCACUCUACAAUACACUGAUGAAGAUCAUUUUCUUGGGAAGUUCUUUCUCAAUAGUUUGGUAUAUGAGGCGUCACAAGAUUGUGCGCAGAUCAUAUGACAGAGACCAAGACACUUUCCGACACUAUUUCCUUAUGUUGCCCUGUAUGUUAUUGGCCCUAAUCAUAAAUGAGAAGUUUACCUUCAAAGAGGUAAUGUGGACAUUUUCUUUAUAUCUGGAAGCUGUCGCCAUUCUUCCUCAGCUGGUCUUGCUUCAGAGAACAAGAAAUAUCGAUAACUUGACAGGGCAAUAUAUUUUCCUUCUAGGAGCCUACCGGGCAUUAUACAUUUUGAAUUGGAUUUAUCGCUAUUUUACUGAGCCACACUAUGUGCAUUGGAUAACAUGGAUAUCUGGGCUUGUUCAAACACUACUCUACGCUGAUUUCUUCUACUAUUACUUCCAAAGCUGGAAGAACAAUGUCAAACUUGAGUUGCCAGCUUGAGAUUAAUUUGUUUUUCCCCACAAGAUACGGAGGGGCUGUUUCAGAAUCAUGAACAAACACAUACAUCUUAAUGUCAUUCAUGGUUGUGUCUGAGAUAGAUUCAUGAGAUAGAGAUUAUAUAUAUAUCUUGCCAUGUACAAGGAAAAGUUUUAGCGAGCAUGUGUAUUUUGUCUGUAUCUACUACCAGUUCUGUUGUGGUUCCAAAGGUUCUUCCUUGUCUUAGCAUAUUCAUCACUAAGUAAAACUAACUAUCGUUCGUGGGGUGGUCAUGCUCUUCUCUUCUCAAUUAAUAUUACAUUUCCAAUGUCAUAAGUGAGAUUUUCAAAGGGAGAUUGGAUUAGAUUCCCCUUAAUGGUUUUUUAUUUGUGAUUCGAUUUUCAAAUAGAA